AUGUUUCAGUUGGCUUUUCGAUUUUUUGAUCAGAAUCGUGUUGGCUACAUUAGGUUGCAGAUUCAACACUUGAGGCCUACAGAGUACAAUAGAUCAAGGUUGCCUAGAAACCGUUGGACUGUUAACCGUGCAUAUGGUGGAGUUUUGUCUGGAGGUGCUGUUAGGGAAAGGUUUAAGAACAAGUUUGCAAUUACUAAUGACAAGGGUAGGCUCUCAAAGGAGGAGAUUGAGAAGAAGGUACAAGAUGCUGAGAAGUACAAAUCGGAGGACGAGGAACACAAGAAAAAGGUGGAGGCCAAAAAUGCUCUUGAGAACUAUGCCUAUAACAUGAGGAACACAAUCAAGGAUGACAACAUUGCUUCCAAGUUGUCUGCUGAUGAUAAGAAGAAGAUUGAAGAUGCUAUUGAGCAUGCAAUUCAAUGGCUGGAUGGAAACCAACUUGCAGAGGCUGAUGAAUUUGAAGACAAUAAUGAAUUGAAGCAUCACAAAUUUUAUUAG